AUGAGCAAUUGGCAGGACGAUUGGCAUGAGCAAGAAGACUGGGAAGACUAUGAUAGUUACCAGUCCGGCUCUCAUUCAGAAACCGAAGACAAUGAGUCGUCCUCGCCAACAGUUCUGACUCCAAGUACGGACUCAUCAGCCCGCCCCACAGACACCGACGCCAAACCCCUCAGUGCGUCCGAUGGCGCUGUCUAUCUGACCGCCCUCCGGUCGAGGAAUGUGGCCUCAUGUCCCAAGGACAUCCCCUGGCAAGGCCAGCUCAAAGACCUACACACAGGAUACGCCGAUCAGCCCGGCAGUAGUGAGCUAUACUCCCGAUCGCUGAUCCACGCGAAGGCCAUCCGAGACCGAUACUGGAACGAACACACAUUUCACCAGGUCACUCCGUUCUUCUUGACGGAGUGGCUGGUGAGCAUAUCAUCCUUGCGGCUUUGCGUUGACAGUCCCUGGACCGUCGAGCCCCUGCCCUGCUCCGCGUCCGACGCACCGGUCCUGCGCGCGCCGAGGCCACGCGUAACCACCGGCCUGCAAUCGUUCCACUUCCUGACCGGGAAGGCUCUCCGGGACCUGCAGCCGUACAUGUCUCCGAUUGAAUGCGACCAAGCCUUGGCGUUUCCAUUCGUGGCUGUCGAGAUCGCCCCAGAAGGCUCGGUGCUUGGGGCCAGACAGAACCUGUACAAUGCAGCUGUUAUGCUCCAGAACCUGCGGUUUCUGUGGGAGAGGACUCAUUUCGAUGCGAAAGGGUUUGAUAGGAUUAUCCGCGCCCUGACCGUCACCAUCAGCCGCAAUGUGGUCGAGGUGUACGGCCACUGGACGGUCUAUGAGAACGGGGAGGUCCUCUACAUACACGCUAAGAUGCACUCGUGGUGGCUGACAGAUAAGAACGAGGACUGGUACCGAGCUCGGUGUGGGUUAGAGGAGUGCUGUUGGUGGAUGACGGGCAAGAGCGAGGCGUGGAUUCCGGAGAGUAUGAAGGUGUUGAAAGAGGCGGCUGGUUGA